AUGGCUGGUAGAACAUGUGUAGUGGUAGCUCAUUGGCUGUCCACGAUACAAAAGGCAGACUCCAUUUCUGUGAUAGAGAAUGGAAAGGUUGUGGAACAAGCUUGUAAGAUGAGGAAGAAGGGAGGGCUUUUCAAGUAUGCAGAUGGUGUGGACAAGUUGCUGAUGGUGUUUGGGACUUUGGGCAGCAUUGGAGAUGGGUUGAUGACACCUCUUACAAUGCUUGUUCUCAGCCGUGUGAUCAAUGAAUAUGGAGGUGGACAAGGCACUCUUACUUUCUCCAAUGCCAUUGUCGACAAGUACUCACUCAGGCUGCUCAUUGUUGCAAUUGGAGUUGGAGUAUCUGCUUUCAUUGAAGGAAUUUGUUGGACCAGAACUGCUGAGAGACAGACAUCUCGGAUGAGAACGGAAUACUUAAAGUCAGUCCUCAGGCAAGAAGUUGCCUUCUUUGACAGUCAAGCUAAUUCUUCCAUGACCUUCCAAGUCAUUUCUACUAUCUCGUCUGAUGCCCAUUUAAUCCAAGACACAAUAGCUGAAAAGAUACCGAACUGCCUGGCUCACCUCUCAUCAUUCCUCUUCUGCUUUCCUGUUGCCUUCGUGCUUUCUUGGCGGCUGGCACUGGCUGCUCUUCCGUUCUCGCUCAUGUUUUUGAUUCCUGGAAUUGGAUUUGGGAAGGUGCUCAAGGACUUGGGAGCUGAGACAAACGGUGCCUAUAGGGUUGCUGGAGGGAUUGCGGAACAAGCAAUCUCAUCAAUCCGUACAGUUUAUUCGUAUGUUGGGGAAAAUCAAACACUAAAAAAGUUCAGCAUUGCUCUUGAAAAAAGUACAGAGCUCGGCAUAAAACAAGGUUUCACAAAGGGACUGCUCAUAGGGAGCAUGGGAAUGAUUUAUGCUGUUUGGGCUUUUCAGGCUUGGGUUGGUAGCAAACUUGUUACUGAGAGAGGAGAAAAAGGUGGUCUUGUUUUUAUUUCUGGAAUCUGUGUAAUUCUGGGAGGAUUGUAAGUUACUUUUCUUUAUACUUCUUUUCUAUAUGCAACCACNAGAAUUGUAGAAAUGUUUGCCCCCAUCCCUGCCAUUAACUCUGAAGAUGAAAGGGGAAAAGUUUUAGCAUAUGUGAAGGGCGAUAUCGAAUUUAGAAAAGUUGAUUUCUGCUAUCCAUCAAGACCUGAUACCCCAGUUCUUCAAGGACUCAACCUUAAAGUCCAAGCUGGUAAGAUGGUGGGUCUUGUUGGAGGCAGUGGUUCUGGCAAGUCAACAAUCAUUUCUUUACUUGAAAGAUUCUAUGAUCCGGUAAAAGGAGAUAUUCUCGUUGACGGAUACAAGUUAAAUAAAUUUCAGCUGCAAUGGUUGAGAUCCCAGAUGGGACUGGUCAAUCAAGAGCCAAUUCUCUUUGCAACAUCCAUAAAAGAGAAUAUUUUAUUUGGAAAGGAAGGAGCUUCAAUGGAACAUGUAAUAAGUGCAGCUAAGGCUGCAAAUGCACAUGACUUCAUUGUCAAACUCCCCCUAGGAUUUGACACUCAAGUUGGGCAAUUUGGAGUUCAAUUGUCUGGAGGACAAAAGCAAAGGAUUUCUAUAGCAAGAGCAAUAAUCAGAGACCCAAAAAUUCUUUUGCUUGACGAAGCCACAAGUGCUUUGGAUGCGCAAUCUGAAAAAGUUGUGCAAGAAGCCUUGGACCAAGCUUCACAAGGAAGAACAACAAUUGUCAUAGCUCACCGCCUCACCACAAUCCGCAAGGCUGAUUUGAUAGUGGUUCUUCAAUCAGGUAGAGUGGUGGAAAUGGGAUCUCAUGAGGAUUUGGUCCACAAGAACGAUGGAGAAGGUGGAGCAUACAGUAAAAUGCUGCAAUUGCAGCAACAAGCAAUGCAGAAUGGUCCUGACAUUUCCUAUCAUCCAGAGGAUAUUAUAAUCAAGCAUCCACGAACUCCACAUACACCAAAUAGUGUGAGAUCAAGCUUGCAAAACAGCCCUGCACUGAGGAGUGCGAGAUCAAGCUGGCAAAACAGCCCGGCAUAUCCAAUCACCCCAAUAUUCUCCAUCAGCAUUACAAACUCCUUUCAAGCGGGCCAGUAUGAUGAAUUUGACGAUGAAAUGUCACAAGACAGCUCUUAUCCUUCCUCUUCUACUUGGUGUUUAUUUAAAAUGAAUGCACCUGAGUGGAAGCAAGCAAUACUAGGGUGUCUGGGGGCUGCUGGCUUUGGAUCUAUUCAGCCAGUUCAUGCCUAUUGCUUAGGAACAGUUGUAGCAGUUUACUUCCAAACAAACAAUUCCACCAUCAAAUCAGAAACCAGAUUCUACUGCUACAUCUUCUUAAGCCUAGCAGUUUUCAGCUUCAUUGCUAAUCUCCUCCAACAUUACAAUUUUGCAGUUAUGGGAGAGCGUUUAUCCAAAAGGGUUCGAAUAAAAAUGCUCGAAAAAAUUCUCACCUUUGAGAUAGGGUGGUUUGAUCAGGAUGAAAACACAAGUGCUGCCAUCUGUGCACGGCUAACCACUGAAGCAAACAUGGUUAGAUCCCUAACUGCAGAUCGUAUAUCAUUGUUGGUUCAGGUCUUUUUCAGUGCCUCCAUAGCUUUUGUGAUUGGACUGAUAGUGACAUGGAGGAUAGCCAUUGUAAUGAUUGCGAUACAACCUUUGCUCAUAGGAAGCUUCUAUUCAAGGAGUGUUCUAAUGAAGAGUAUGUCUAUAAAAGCACAGAAAGCACAGGCUGAGGGCAGCCAACUAGCUAGUGAAGCUGCUUUCAACCACAGAACUAUCACUGCAUUUUCCUCUCAGAAUAGGAUAUUAAAUCUGUUUGGAGAUGCAAUGAGAGGGCCUAGGAAGGAGAACAUCAAACAGUCAUGGAUUUCAGGUUUUGGUCUAUUCAGCUCCCAAUUCUUGACAACAGCUGCAAUAGCCUUGACUUAUUGGUAUGGGGGGAGGCUAAUGAAUCAAAAUUUAGUAACGGCAAAACACCUGUUUCAAGUUUUCUUCGUCUUAAUGAGCACUGGUAAAAACAUUGCAGAUGCAGGAAGCAUGACUUCUGAUCUAGCAAGAGGGGGGAGAGCCAUCAAAUCAAUAUUCUCCAUCCUAGACAGAGAAAGUGAAAUUUCAUCAGAAGAGCUUGAAGGGAUAAAAAAGACUUUCAAGGGUCACAUAGAACUAAAGAAUGUUGUAUUUGCUUACCCAGUCAGGCCUGACCAGAUGAUCUUCAAGGGCCUGAAUCUCAAGAUAGAAGCUGGAAAAACAAUGGCACUAGUGGGACAGAGUGGUUCUGGAAAAUCCACUGUCAUUGGCUUGAUUGAAAGAUUUUAUGACCCACUAAAUGGAUCAGUAUCCAUAGAUGGAUGUGACAUCAAGCUCUAUAAUUUGAGAAAGUUGAGGUCACAAAUAGCUUUAGUAAGCCAGGAGCCUACUCUUUUUGGAGGAACCAUCAGUGAAAACAUAGUCUAUGGUAAAGAAAAUGCAACAGUAGCUGAAGUAAGAAAGGCAGCAAAGCUUGCCAAUGCUCAUGAAUUUAUAAGCUCUAUGGAAGAGGGAUAUGAGACUUACUGUGGAGAAAGAGGAGUUCAACUAUCAGGAGGGCAGAAGCAGAGGAUAGCACUUGCACGAGCGAUACUAAAGAACCCAACAAUCCUUCUGCUGGAUGAAGCAACCAGUGCACUUGAUAGUGUGUCAGAGAAUUUAGUCCAGGAAGCACUGGAGAAGAUGAUGGUUGGCAGAACAUGUGUUGUUGUAGCUCACAGGUUGUCAACUAUACAAAAAGCAGACUCCAUUGCUGUGAUAGUGAAUGGGAAAGUAGCAGAAAAAGGAUCACACCAUGAGCUACUUGCUAUCGGACGUGGCGGUGCCUACCAUUCUCUGAUAAAACUGCAAAGCAAUCAGUCUCCACACCAUUUGUCCAUGCAGGUGUAA